AUGUCGUCGCUCGCCGUCGGCUGCGGGCUGGAGCGGGAGCUCUGGCUCGGGGGCCUCUUCACGGCGGCGGACCUGGCGGCCGCCGACCUGCUCCUGCAGCUCCGCUUGGGAGAGGCGGAGGCGGCCGCGUUCACGAUGACGUCCUCCUCGCAGCGCUCGGCGAGCUCGUGCUGCGAGGACCUCGCCGUCGACGCUGAGGAGGAGCCGAUCGUCAAGGAGACUGCCAUGUCUCUGGGGUCCAUGGACCUGGACUGGAGGACGAGGAAGAGCUCGGCGAACUCAUGCUGCAAGGACCUCGCCGUCGACGAGGAGGAAGAGCGGGUCGUCAAGGAGAGGGCGCUGCCGCUGGGGUCGAUGGAUCUGGAAAGGAGGGCAAGGAAGAGGUACCGCCUGCUGUCAGAGCUCUACGCCGCCACGAGACCGGCAAAGGCCGCCGCCCCUGCCGCGAAGAAGAAGAGGAAGAGGCGCCACGACGGCGGCGUGUCGGAGUCGGAGGAGGCGACGAGGUACGGAGACUACUCGGAGUAG